AUGUACUCAGUGUGUUUGCUGAGCAGGUUUAUGGAGUCUCCUACGAGACAGCACCUUCUUGCAGUUAAAAGAAUUUUAAGGUAUUUGAAAGGGACAGCAGUGUAUGGAAUUUGGUACAAAAGAUUUGAAGAGGAAGAUCAAUUGUUGGGUUACACAGAUAGUGACUAUGCAGGGGAUCUUGAUGACAGGAAGAGUACUUCUGGUUAUGUAUUUUUCCUUGCAGGUGGUGCCAUUUCAUGGUCUUCAAAGAAACAGCCAGUUGUCACCCUUUCAACUACAGAAGCUGAGUUUGUAGCUGCUUCCUAUUGUGCUUCUCAGUGUGUUUGGCUUCGAAGAGUGUUGGAACAGAUGAAUUGGAAGAGCUGUGUAAGAGGAGCAACAAGAAUCAUGUGUGACAAUAGCUCGGCAAUCAAGCUUUCGAAGAAUCCAGUGUUGCAUGGUCGAAGUAAACACAUUGAUGUUAGAUUUCACUUUCUAAGAGAACUUGCAAAGGAAGGAGUGGUCGAACUGCAACAUUGUGGAACAAGUGAUCAGGUUGCGGAUAUUAUGACCAAGCCACUCAAGUUGGAUGAUUUUAUGCUUCUGCGAAAUCGGCUUAGAGUCUAUGAUGGUGCUGAGUUAGAGUUGAACUGA